GGCUGGCGUUUUCUGUGGGCGGUUCAGCCAAUCAAAUGGCGGGACUGAAAGCCCUCCUGUAUCCCGGGAAGCUUUGCGUUGGCACGACCAGGCUUCUCUUGAUUGAGCUGCCUGCUGGAAGCUGGGCCUCUGCCGCUUCUUGUGGACGAGGGAGAGCCCGCGGUAAAUUCGGGAGGAGAGUUAAUGCACUUCUUCCCCGGACACUAGGGGAGCGGGGCGCAAGGAUCUGGUGUCGGUGCGCCCGGUGAAAGUUUCUUUCGCUCUCGAUCGAGUCGGCCUCAGCCUUCGCCACCCCCACCCCCCUUCCCCGAUCUCCGCCUCUUCAAUGGAAGCGGAAAAGAUGUCGGCGAAGAGCUUUCGCGUUAGCGACGGCGACUGGAUCUGCCCCGAUAAAAAGUGUGGAAAUGUAAAUUUUGCAAGAAGAACAAACUGUAACAGAUGUGGAAAAGAAAGAACAUGCGAAGCAAAGCUAAUGAAGGCUGGAGGAACUGAAAUUGGAAAGACUCUUGCAGAAAAGAGCCGUGGCCUUUUCAGUGCUAAUGACUGGCAGUGUAAAACCUGUGGAAAUGUGAAUUGGGCAAGAAGAUCAGAGUGCAACAUGUGCAACACUCCAAAGUAUGCCAAAUUAGAAGAAAGGACUGGAUAUGGAGGUGGAUUUAAUGAAAGAGAAAAUGUAGAAUACAUUGAGCGUGAAGAGUCUGAUGACGAAUAUGAUGAGUUUGGAAGGAAAAAGAAGAAAUUUCGUGGAAAGCCAGUUGGACCCAAAACUAUACUUCAGGAGGAAAUUGAAAGUGAAAAAGAUGAUGAUGAAGAUGAUGAGGAUGGUGAUCUUUCCAAAUACAAACUAGAUGAUGAUGAUGAUGAUGAUGAAGAUGGUGAUCUCUCAAAAUACAAUCUGGAUGCAAGUGAAGAUGAAAAGAAACCCCCAAAAAGCAGGAGUCGCUCCAAGUCGCACUCCUCUCGAUCUUCAUCAUCCUCCACUGCUCAUUCCAGUUCAAGGUCCAGGUCCCGGACCAGAAGUUCUUCUACUUCCAGAUCCAGGUCACGUUCCAGCUCCAGAGGUCAAUCUAGAUCACCCCGGUCAAAGUCAAGCUCCAGAUCACGCCGGGGGUCUUCAUCUCCAAGGAAGAGGUCACGCUCAAGUUCUCGAUCAUCAACUUCCUCUGAAAGAGGCAAAAAACGAAGCCGCUCCAGAUCAUCAUCCUCCAGUGGCCGCAAAAAAACUAGACGUUCUGACUCGAGAUCUUGGUCUGCAGAAAGGCGCAGUGAAUCGUCUUCUGGAUCCUCUCACUCAGGCUCCCGUUCAAGUUCUAAACAGAAAUAACGUUUUAACAUCUACAGUUUUUAAAAAAAAAUUUAAUUUCUGGAAAAUGCAUGAAAACUUAUUUUAAAGUUAUUAGUGUCUUGAGCAAAUUAACCUGAUAUGUUGUGAAACAUUUAAAAAAAAAAGCUGGGCAUAUGUCCUGAUGAAGUCUUGCUGAUGUAAUCUUAAACCUUUUUGUUGCUUUAAGAAGUGUUAGAAAUUGUAUCCAGGUGUAUUUAAGGAGUAUAUUAAGCCAAAAUAGUGUUUCUGAAGGAUUAUGCAUCUGAUUUUGAUGCAUUCUCUUUAAAAGACUAUAAAGGCAAGUAGUUAUUGAACAAUAUGUGGUCUAGAGUUAUAGUGCAGAACAUUUCCCUUCAUGUUUCAGGCCAUCAGUAACACAUAAUGGAAGAGCUGAUGGCCUUUUUUUUUAGAAGAGAAACAUUGAAGGGAUAGGAAAACCUAAGGAGGUAGUUGUUCAAAUUACUUUGCCUCACUAAACUAGCAUACAAGGCCUAGACUCCAGCAAAUGUUUGCCACUUUUGUUAAUGCAUCAAUUAUCCUGCUGGAACUUGGAAUCCUUGAGCCACUUACUUUCACUGUGCUGAUUAAUUGACCCUUGUACUUCUCCAGUUUGUUGUGUAGCUCCCAGUCAUGUGCCAGGAUUGUAGAAUCAUGCUGACUUUUGGGGGAAAAUUGCAUCCUAAAUGAUUUUUUUGAGAAACCUGCAGCCCUGUUCAUUGUGUCAGCUCUUUAUGGAACCAUUAAGAGUGCUCCACAAUAUAAAAAGGGUUUCUUUCUCCUCCUUUUCCCUCCCCCCCCUCCCCCCCCGAAUGUUUUCUAUAUUUCUAGUACAUCAAAAUCCUAAUUACCUCUUGCAGAUUACAAAUAAACUUUUUGCAGUUUCCCAAUUACUGCUAAACAGCGGGAGGAAAAAUGUACAGAUCUGCAGCCUUGGCGAAUCUUUUACUUUUAGUCUAUAUUCAAUUACCUUUACUUUACAACCAAUAAUUAAAAUCUUAGAUCUACAACAGCAUUGAAUGGUUAUUUAGGGAUCCCUGAAUUUAGGAAAUUGUUUUCAUUUCCAUUCUAGAAUUGACUUAGGCAUGGGUGGUUAAGUUAUGCAGUUAUGAUCUUGCACUUAUCAAAAAUUGUCUUAAGAAUCAGCCUGCAACAAACUACAGCAACUUUUUUAAAAAGAUGGUAAUAAUACCAUGCUGCUGUAGAAAUGGACAGGACAACAAUUUUGGAUCCACUUUUGCGGAAGAAUAGAGUAAUAACUAGAGCUUUAAACAUCUUGGGGUGGGGGAGUACAGCUGUUGGUGAAGUUCGACUUAAGCAUUGAUCAGUUUACCCCAUACCAACAAAAGUAACAUUUAUGCCUUUAAGUCAUUGUCAUCUUAAAUUCACUAAUGCAUAGAACAUUCUUUCUUUAAAUGUUUUAAAAUGUUAAGAUCAAGACUGUUAACUAUAUUCUUUGUGAUCAAUUGCCUUCUGUCUCAAUUAAUUAUUAUGGCUUAAUAUAACUCUUAAUUUUUGACCUGGUUGCGCAAAAAAAUGUGUUUGCACCGUCAGGCAGAUGCUCUGUUCUUCAGAACUCUAAAUGUGGUUUCAGCUCUGUUAAAUAGUAGAAACAGGUAAGUAUUCUGGAAACAAAUACUAAUUACUUGGUUCACCAAUUGCCUAUCUGGUGUAAUUGUGGACAAUGGUUUUUAUUGAUUUUUUUUUCACCCACCCCCCCCACCCCCAAUCUUUUGGUUAUCUUACAGGCACCAGACAUGUUAAGCAAGUAAGGGUUUGCUUUUAUUUCAGAGCAAGACACCUUAUUGCAUUAUUGUUCUAGUUUUGUAAGAUUUUACAGUUUUAAUCUCUUUAACACCUUCUUUCAGAACCAGCAAGUCUACACGUCCAUUUCUAUUUGUAGUUCGUAUAAGUCAACUUGAACAGGUGGCCAAUAUCUAUUGCAGUGUUUUGGGAUUCAGCUCUGGAAAUAUUUGAAGAUCUGAUUUUUGCAGAAUUCCUCUGAGCGUAGACUUUUGCAGUGUGACUUUCAUGAGCAACAGGAUCUUCAUAGACAGUGACAUUUAAUGUGCAAAAGUAGUAACAUUUACAGAAUUACAGAAAAGUGUAAAUUAAUAAAGUGACUUUCAUCGCUUUUUCAAGAACUAGUUAAAUACUGAGUUCUCCAGAAGUUUUCUGUCUUCAGAUUUUCACUGCGUAAAAUAGUCCUGUACUUAGAAAAAUUUAGCUGAGGCCACUUGAUUGCUGAUAUCUGGCUAGGGUUUUGACAACUUUAUUAGUCGUAAGUUUUGGCUAUUUGUAAAUGGUAAAAGUGACAAUUAAUUUGCUUAAGGUCAUCAGCUCGUUCAUCUAGUCCUAUGUAAUAGUUUCAUUGGAAACAAAAACACUUUGUAGACAAUGUAUGUAAAUACUUCCAAUGGUACUUUAUCACGUGUCUUGUUCAAGCACCAAUAAAAAGAAAUAAGUGGUUUGAACU